AUUUUGUUUUUACUUUGAGGGAAAGCCUGAAACCCCAGAAGAGUUACGUCUUUUACUGUCAGUCCUGUGGUGACAUCAUAGUAAAAGACCGGAAAUUUCUCAGAGUUCUUCCUUUACCAAGUGAAGACUGGAGUGCUUUAGUUGAAGAGUGGUGUUGUCACCCUAACCCCUUUGCCAGAAGCGUUUUACACCCCCAGCAUGAUGACUGUUUUCUUGGAGACACUUUUCUUCUGUUGAAUUCAGGAAAUGAAUCGCAUGUGCCUGAAUCUUCAACGUGCUGCUCAGAGACUGGACACCAUGCUUCUCAGAGUGGCUCCAGCUUGAAAUCAAAGGAAAAUACCAAAGUAAUUUGUAAGCGCUGCAAGACAAUGCUGGGAGAAACAGUAUCGUCAGAUACCAUUAAAUAUUACGUCACCGAGGUGAUUAUUUGGCCAUCUGAGCGAAGUUUCAGCACAACACCAAGGUCUCUAUUCAUACAGAGCAUGGUUGCUCAGUGUCUUGUGGAAUUGUCCUCUGCUAAAAGCACAUUUAGAUUCACCAUAAAAGGGGAUGAUGGAAAAAUCUAUAUUCUGAUAUGGCUUUUAAAUUCUGACACAUUGCUGGUGGAGUCUUUAGGAAGUUCUUCCUCUCUCAGUGUUUUUACACUGUUUGAAGAUAUUUUCAUGCCUGGCUCUGGACCAGUGGGGACCUGGAAUGCUGUCAAAGUCCUUUACCAGCCGUGCAUUAAAAGCAGGAAUAAAGACAUUGCCGAUGCAUGGGAAAAUGAUAUUGGAGUUCAUCCUUUAAAGUUUCCAUCACAAACAUGUUUGGAAUUACUGCUGAUACUGGGUUUGAGUACCGCUUCUCUGCCACCUUCACUUCAAUGCAUGAACUCUUUUCAGAAUUUUGGAGCCAGAAAGAACAUGGUCAUAAACCAAACUCAG